CGAUGAGCCUAAAAGUAUUAAAGAUAAUAACCCAAAUUCGAAGCAGCGCAGCAGGUGUCAAAGCAUAUCCCAGUUUUCCCAUAAAUAAAGAUGACUAAAAUCCGUGCCGCCCUGUCAGUCUUGUCAUCAGCAACUCAAUGUGAGCGCCCAGGGGUAGAAAAUACGAGAAAGUUCCAAAUACGUCGAAGGUUCUCUGGAAUAUAUAAGAGCAUCGUGAAUUGUCUUUAGUCAUUCAACUGCGGUUCUUCGCAACUCACACUCACCUUUAUUAUUUUCCUCAACAUGUCUGUAUUCCGGAUACUCCUCUUGGUGGCAGUGGUGAUGGUCGGCUCUUCCCAGGGUCUCUUCGUGAAGAAACUCUUCUUGGCGAAGACCGCAGCCGUCAAGGCCGGAUUCAUUCACGAUGUGAAGGCUGCCGCCUUGGAUCUUAAGGCCGGUGCGUUCCUGAAGAAAAAAGCCUUACUGGGUGGUAUCAAGGCCGUGGGUAAAGCCAAGUUGGGUUUACUGGGUUCGGUAAAGGCAGCUAAGCUGGGCGUGCUGAAGGGUAUUGCCGCUGCAAAGUUGGCUAAACUGGCAGCAAUUAAAGCAGGAAAGAUCGCCUUCGUUAAGACCCUACUGGCUGCCAAAUUGGCUCCAGUUAUUGCGACUAAACUUGUUGCUGGAGGUGCUCUGCUUAAGAAAGGUGCCGUCGUUGGAAAACUGGGAGGUGCAUUACCCGUCACAGGCCUUGGAGCUGGUCUGUUAUCUGGAGCAGCCAUUGGAGGGGGUCCCCUGAACGGUCCUUUGGCUGGUGUCUUAACAGGAGCUCUGUCCAGGGCUCAAGAACUGUCUCAGAAUUUCAAUGUCCCAAACAUUCUCGGAAACAUUGGCGGAGGACUUCCUCUUCUAUUUCCACCACCAAGUGCGCCAGCUGUCAACGUUCAAACAUAUAGGAGCAAUGAACCUCCCCUUGUUGUAGCCCCUGUUAAAAGUUACGGCCCCCCCGAACCUGCUCAGACCUACGGAGCACCUAUCACGUCCUAUGAAUCACCUGCCGCACCUAGUAUCACCUAUGGACCACCUCCGAAGACUUAUGGACCACCUUCUACCAAUUAUGGAGCACCCAGAUUUUAAUAUUAAUACAGUCUUUAAGAAAUCAUGUAAAUAAAACAGUUAUGUGCCUUUUCUAAGAAAAA